AAUUUUUUCUCUCUCUACGACAGGUUUUCGCCUUUGAAUUUCGGAAAUGUCCGGGCAUAAUUUUUCUCUGUUACGGGAUCUGAAUCCGGGCAUGAAACAUGUUAAUCUCGUCGUGAUAGUGCUUGACGUCGGCGAAGAUUUGUUCCAAGACGGCGGAUUUGAUUCCUUGUUGUUGUUGUUUGUGUCAGGAGCUCCAACUGUGACAAAAGAAGGUCGGGAAGUGCGGACAGUCCGCGUGGCUGAUCGAACAGGCAGUGCCAAUGUCUCCGUUUGGGACGAAUACGGGCGCCUCAUUUGCCCCGGUGACAUUUUAUCCCUUCAGAAAGUUUACGUGUCCGUGUGGAAGUCGUGUAUGACUGUCUAUGUCGGCAAGUUUGGGGAAAUCCAGAAGCUCGGAGACUUUUGUAUGGUAUUUCUCGAGACCCCAGACUUCAGCGCUCCGAAGCCUGAGUACAAGGACUUCCAGAUGGGACCUCCGAACAAGGAAAAGGAAGACGUGCGGCAGCGGAAACAGGAAGCGGGGCAGAAGGGAAAAGAAGAACUUCCGGCUGUGAAUAAACGGGCUCCGAAGCAGCCCUUCUCCAACGGGAAGGCGGAAGGGGUUCCUCCUCAGUGGCCUGCAGCCCCGGCGGACCCAAGAACCCGGGCCUGGCCACAACGUGAUCCCCGUUCCGCAGCUCAGCAGAAACAUUGAUGUGAACAUUUGAAUUUUGUUUUUUUGUUUCCAUUGUGUUUUUGUUGGCCGGUAAUUUUUUUUUGAACGACUUGCCGCUGUGGGAAAUGAAUCAACAAUUGUUUUGCUGCCA